AUUUACUCUUAUGUGUUGGCUAUUCCACCUCUACCACUUCCACGGGAGUGUUCGACGUAUAAAUUUGUUGGUCCUAAGUCCCUUGACCUUGUAUGUGCUUUAUCCUGCGAUAUCUAACGUGAAAGUGACUCAAAAUAAUGGGACAUUUAAAGCAAUUAUCUUUGAUAAUCUUCUCCCUGUUUGCUACAAGUAUGACAUACGUAUUAAAAACGUCCCCAGUUCAAAUAGAACAAUCUUUUCUAGACUGGUCACAGUAUAACGCGUACAAAGAAUCUUCCCAUACCGGAACUUAUUCCUUUGGGUACGACAUACAAGACUUGGGUUCGAACAAUGUUCAGUUCAAAAACGAAAUGAGACAUCCCAAUGGAACAGUUACGGGCAGUUAUGGUUACGUAGAAUCCGACGGAAAUAUUCAUAUGACUCAUUACAUUGCUGAUGAAUCGGGUUAUCGUGCAAUAAUAGAAGAUAGCGACAGAUUAAAAAAGCGUCAGAUGUUUCCACCAGCCGAAAAUACAAAAGAGAACGAACUGGUCCUUUCUCCUCAAAUGUUGGCUGCCAUCGAAACUAAAAAAUUAUUUAAUGCGCAAAGUCCGUUUGAAAAUCAUCAACGUCCUGUAGAUAACAUCAACAAUGAAGAGAGUUUGCAGAGCAAUCAUAUAGUAGAUUCAACAACUCAACGGUUUCCAGUAUUAUAUCCAAAAUAUCAGAAGUAAUUUUAGUACAUAGCAAGGAUUUUUUUUCAAUUUUAAAUCAAUAAUUUUUAGUGUUAUUUUUCUUUAAGAUUUCUGAA